UCGUUCACACAUCAGCCCGCAUGUAGGUACAGCAACACUCACCAUGGGUCCUCAUGCUGGGUUCCAUACGGAUCAGAUCAGAGAUAAAGCACGGAAGGACCUUCUGUACUUAUUGGAGGGAGUUCGUGGGAAGAAGAAUCUGGUGAUUGAGAAGAGCCUGGCUGGACCAAUUGGCAUAUUCAUCAAAUUCUCAACCCUUCAAGAUUACGGCGUCGACAAGGUCUUCUUCUUGGAAAAUGGCAACGCGGACAGCAGCCAACGAAACGUGGUCUUCAUAGCCCGGGGAGAGAGCGGGAAGCAUGCCAAAUCAAUAGCCGAUCAUAUCAAACGUAUACAGCGGGAGAGUCAGACAGAACAUGAAUUCUCAAUAUUCUGGGUCCCAAGACGGACUCUUGUUUCGGAGAAGAUGUUGGAACAGGCUGGUGUGUUGGGUGAUACCAACAUUGCAGAGUUUCCUCUCUAUUUCCUACCGCUGGAAAAGGAUCUUCUAUCCUUAGAGCUAGAAGACUCGUUCGCCGAUCUAUACCUACGAAAAGACCCUACUCCGACAUUUCUACUGGCACGUGCUCUGAUGCUUAUACAACAGAAACAUGGGCUCUUCCCUCGAAUUACUGGUAAAGGGGAUAAUGCAAAACGUCUCGCGGAUUUGCUUGCGCGAAUGCGACAGGAGGUGAUGGCGGGUGAGGACAACGAAAACAAUAAGCUGGGGUUAACACCGAGCACAACCAUCGAGGGCCUGAUCGUCAUUGAUCGCGAAGUCGACUACGCCACACCUUUGCUUACGCAGUUGACGUACGAGGGAUUGAUCGAUGAAGUUGUAGGGAUCAAAAACAACUAUGCCGAUGUGGAUGCGUCGAUCGUAGGUGCUGCCCCUCAAUCAGCUCAAGGGGGUUCAAAGACCGUGGGCGCACCAGCACAACCAAAGAAGCGGAAGAUAUUGCUUGAUUCCUCAGACAAGCUUUACGAUCAACUCAGAGAUACGAAUUUUGCUAUCGUUGGAAGCUUAUUAAACAAGGUCGCUAGACGACUUCAGGCUGAUUAUGACAGCAGGCAUGGUACGAAGAGCACAGCAGAAUUGAGAGAAUUCGUGAACAAGCUCCCCGGGUACCAAGCAGAACAGCAGAGCUUAAAGGUACAUACUGGCCUGGCAGAGGAGAUCAUGAAGCAUACGCGUACGGAUCAAUUCAGUCGACUACUCGAGGUGCAGCAAAACCUUGCCGCAGGUGCAGAUCCUUCAUCGCAGCAUGAUUCGAUCGAAGAGCUUAUUGCUCGAGAUACACCUCUGACAGAGGUCCUCAGAGCUCUAUGCUUAGAGUCGUGCAUUUCCGGUGGAAUCAAACCCCGGGAGCUAGAGAAUUUCAAGAGGAUGAUCCUCCAAGCAUACGGCUACCAACAUAUCCUGACAUUAGACGCUCUUGAAAAGCUCCAGCUACUGCUCUCCCGAGCGUCUCCAAUGGCAGCGAUGGUUCCAAUGCCGGGAACUGUGGCCAACACUGGCACAAAGACCAACUACGCAUACCUGCGCAAAGCGCUUCGUCUAAUUGUUGAUGAAGUAAAUGAACAUGACCCAAAUGAUAUCGCUUAUGUGUAUAGCGGCUACGCACCACUGUCAAUACGCCUCGUUCAGUGCAUACUGCAGAAACAAUAUGUGACCUCGAUAACUCGCAAGGGCGGUGCGAGCAAUGCCGCUGUGGCUACCGGUGGAGCUUCCCAGGGGUGGCGAGGCUUUGAAGAGAUAGUGAAGCAUGCGCGUGGAGAGACGUUUGACGAGGUCCAGAAGGGAGAGGAUAAAGCUAUCAAAGCCAGAGCUCUUCUCGCUGGAAAUGGCGAGAAGAAGCUGGUUUUUGUCGUGUUUUUGGGAGGCAUAACAUUCACCGAGAUCGCAGCACUCAGGUUCAUUGCCAAGAAGGAAGAAGCCCGGAGACAGAUAAUUAUCUGUACAACGUCCAUCAUCAGUGGGAAUAGAAUCAUGGAUGCAGCUAUCGAGAAGGGUUCGUUCGGGAAGAGUAGUGGUGUGCAGGAUCUCGCCUCUUAGGAGCCGACCUUGGUGGGGCAUUUCUCCAUGUACGAACAGAUCAAACAAACAACACCUCUAGAUAGAUAAGAGGCUACCAUUGCCUCCAACCAUAUAAUGUAAUCAUGGAUUCCCUA